UCCGUAGCUGAGAAAUGAACAGACGUCACUUUACUUCUUCCUGAAAAGAAUGUGAGCCCGAACUGAAUUGAGUGUCAUCUUGUCUGCCAGUCAGCUAUCUGUGGUCCACACACAACACUGCCUACGCACUUCCUUUGGUUAACCUGUUUCCAUGCAUCUAUCUGGUGAACAGAGACUUGCAGGUUUGUGUCAAAUUACCGAACACCUUUUCCUCAGCAACGGCAGAGCUGCAAAUGAUAAGGCUGUCAUAUCUCGUUUCAACAUCACCUGCAUCAUCAAUGCCACACAAAACAUCACAAAUACUUCCACUGCAGAGGUGGAAUAUGUCCAUAUACCUGUUACAGACUCUCCAUCUUCUCCUCUGAGCAACUUCUUUGAUGAGGUAGCGGAUAAAAUCCAGCUCGUUGGGGAGCAGUGUGGACGCACAUUGGUGCACUGCAAUGCAGGUGUGAGUCGCUCAGCUACGUUAUGCUUGGUGUAUCUAAUGAAGUACCAUGAAAUUACACUUUUGGAGGCACACAAAAAGGUAAAAUCUUGUCGACCUAUCAUUAGACCAAACAGUGGAUUCUGGAAGCAACUCAUCCAGUAUGAACGCAAGCUCCGUGGUUGUGCCACGGUCACAAUGAUCACAUCCCCCAUGGGUGAAAUACCUGACAUUUAUGAAGAGGAGACCAAAGAUAUGAUUCCUCUUUGACAUGCACUGUUUGUCAAAGUGAUUGUCAACCCCAUUGUAAAAAUGCAUUAGUACUCGUUUUAUAUCCAGUAUGUUGAGUUGGAAGUGGUCCUCUCAAAUGUAUUUGUAAACUUUGAUUCAGAAAUAAAAAUUAGUUGUACAAUGUCACUUUACCAUUUACAACUAAACAAAGGUUUGUCUGUUUUGUAAAGGCUACAACUUUAAUAGUGUCAUCCAAUGUAAGAAGUGUCCACGGGUAG